AUGAGUCAGCAUACUUCUAUAGGUAUGAAUUGAGAGUCAGUGUGAAGUAAUUCAGACCCACCGCAAAUUUCGCCACGGAGAGCAGAAAAGCCGGCUGACUAAGGAGAUUGACCGACACACUCGUCCCUCUCAGCAACGCGUGUUGGCAAUGGGGCGCAUUUGCUAACCUCCCAGUUUUGAGUAUAAGAAGGGAGGAAAUUAUUUCAAUAUUUGAUGGAAAUAUGGAAUGUGGUGUGGAGUAUAAGGAUGUUGUGACAAGUUACAUUGAGGCCCACGAUUAAUCAUUUCUCAGCGUUGACCCAUGUUUAAAUAUGAAUACAGAGCUAAAAAAGAACAUUUGAAAAUUAAGAGCAAGUUCUCACUGAAAAUGCAUUAUUAGUGAACUUGCAUCGUAUCGUACGCAAAAACACAGAUUCGUGGUACUCUUGGGCAAGAGCUACGGUGGGCAGCAGGCAGGUUCCCCCUUUCUUUCACCCUCUUUCGGGUCUCUCUCCCUCUCUUCCUCCCUCUCUCGGUCUAGAACAACAAGAGAGUUAAGGAAGGGAAAGGAGUCCUUGUCCUCCUAAUUCUUGAUGAACAGAACGCAUCAGACAGUCAAUGAAUAUCUGUCACACGGAAAAAUGGUGCUAAGAAGGGUCUCGAGAGACAAACUGAUUUGGGAGGAGACCAAAAACAACUAUUUACAGAAGAGCUUCAGAAGUCGAUGCAAAACACAUAGACAUUGAAAAACGUGGAGUUGACCCUACUGGAAAGACAAGAUUCUUCACUUUUUGCCACUUUAUUUUAAAUGCAGCUCGGCUAAUUUUGUUCUUUGAAGGAAUGAGCACUUGUCAAUCGCAUAUUAACUUCAGUAUACGCAUUUCUCGAAUGACUCUUCCGAUUCCCCAAACAAUCCAAUUAACGUGUCUGCUACAUAGCGGAGCUGGUGUCAGUUAUUCAGCACGCAACCUUUGUCUUGUUUCUCUUCAUAUUUUCAAUGUUUCCAGUCGUCCUGAGCCAAAAAAUAUUUUACUUCAAUAUUGCCAAUUCCGUUGCGUGACCACGAGUCCAAUUAAAAACAAAUAUGCAUUACUUCUGUUUCUGACCUUUGAACGGGAGUAUCACUUUUAUUUGUAACUUUUUCAUAAACAUUUUUUUAGACCUUCAUAACCAAUGCAAUUAGAAUUCUCGUCUAAUUCCAGCUGCUCCGAAGAUAAACGACCAAUCGACAAAAGUCGGAUUUCCGUUCAAGUGGGAUAUUUUUUUAAAAAUUGAGUUCAUUUUGACUGAUUCAGAGGAUAAAAAGAUCGAGAUCCCUGAGAAGAGGACCGUACGAAAGUUACGCGUUUCCACACAUUCCUCCACACACACUUUCAAAUUCACCCUCGUCGAGCACGGUGCUCAUUUUUUCGCCUCUCGUCCCGAGUAUGGUAGAAGAAUACCUUGGAACUUGCACCCUCCAUCAAAUUGCUUAACUCAAUCUAUGAUCGCACCAGUUCCUCGAGAUUUUAGACCCCCUUGGGUUCUUGAUCAGCCAGAAGAUCCAGAAAUAUUGUAAAGCCUUAUCAAUCGAUAUCUUUCUGAUUUUAAUUUGCGGAAUAUCAAUAUCUGAAUAUAUGUAUUCAAUUUUGAAUACCAGAAUCAGAAAUGCGACCGUGACGUCUACAUAUAAUCCCAGUCUAAUCUUGAAUCUUUGCUUCAUUUACAUAAUACAUUCUUGAGCAUCAUGUGAUGUUUUUGGUGGUGUCAUUUUCUAGUCCUCUCGUCGGCUAAGGCCAAUUGGAAAAAUCAAUUCCUUUUUUAUUUCAAAAUUUUCUGACGAGCAUUCAGCCACUUGUCAUGUACCCUUCAGCGCUCCUCCAUUUCAUCUCAAUUGAUCGAUUCCCCGUCUAAGUGUGCGCAAAAAAUUUGAAUUUCGCGCCAAAAUUGCUCCUCUGAAUUGGCUGCGUAGCGACUCAACUGGUAUUGGUUGGCACUGUGCCAGAGUCCACGCUCACCAACACUCACAACACUCACCACGUUGUGAGUGUUCCCCUUCAAUACGAAGUGUCUGGUGUCUCGCCUCGGCCAGAAAAGUCCCGACACGCGGUCUCCGCUCUUCCCCAUGCUAUUUCGCUUCUCCAGUGUGGUCUCCGUCUCGUCACUCUCAACCGUGAAUGUACAUUUGCAUGGGGCCUAAAACUUACAUCACUUGAAAUCGCCUUUUCGUCAUUUCAAAAACCAUAACUUUUCUACUUUUUUUUACUUUUUAAAUGUGUGAAUUACAGGUAAAAUGAACUCGGACGAUGAUGGUCCCCACCUUUUGAAGUCUUCGGAUCUUUUCGGAGACGACGACGGCCCGACAAGCGUUUUCGAACAGGUUCGGUAACUUUUACAGGCUUCAAACAAAUGCUUCUACUUCAGGCGCUCGAGGAUAUGAAGUUGUACCCGGACAACCAGAACUUUGUGCACGUGCGACUGUUCGGCGAGCCGGCAAGCGAAAGCAACCCGUGCCGCACCUGCCACAAAGUCCAAUUCUUCCUGAACUCGAAGCCAGGAGACAAGAACAGCGAGUACUUUGGACUUAAGAAGGCGCAGUUCGAGGCUCUCCACGACACUUGCCCGACUCACUACAGGAGCGGACUGCUGGAAACGAAAGCCAAACGAGAGGCGGCUAAUGCCGAGGCGGAGCGCAAGAGAAACAUGCGCAAGAAGAAGAAGAGGGCCAAGAAUGACGCUCCUAGGGCCAGUUUCACCACCGAACCAGUACGUUUUGAACGUUUUUGUGCAGUUUCGAGUGUAGUCUGCCGAUCUACUGAAAAAAAAUCAGUGUUUAAUUGCAGAUCAUCAACUUCGGGCAGAACUCGAUGUUCUCCGACGACACGGAUCCGGUGCCGGCGAAGAAGAAGAAGGGAUGGCCGUGCCCGAAGUGCAACAAGUCGGCUCGCUACGGAAGCGUCGGCUGCCACUGGUGCGGAGAGUGGUUCCAUACUCAUUGCGCCGGCUACCGCAGCCAGAAGAUGGUCCCGAAACAGUGGCUCUGCGACACGUGCUCUUAG